AUGAGCAUGAGACAGAAAAAACAGACACACGCGGGACAUCAGGCGGAAGACUCGGAGCCCAGUACCAAGGAGGCCCGCGCCUACGAUGACGAGGACGGAAGCACACUAUCAGACUCCGUGUGGGUUUCAGCGGAAGAAGAACUUACUGCUCCUGGUGGGUUAGAAGGAUCGAAGAAACGGGGGAACGAGUGCUGGCGGCCACAAUUCGCGGGCGGCCGCACUCUUGCAAUGGACCUAAUUCCGAAGAAGCACGCGAUCGCCCCCGGGAGUGUGGUAGACGCCGUUUUCCGCCAGGCGCCAAUGAGCUUUUGUCACCUCGUUCUUCACCCUGGCGGAAUAUAUAAAGGAGCAGAAAGCAGUGCCCCGCCCCUCGUGGGCGCGCUUCCGUCUGAGUUAGUGGGGGGCCCGGAGCUGCUGCUGGACGUUUUACAGAAUGGACGCAUCAAAGAGGCGCAAGGCGUCAUCGUCCGGGCGAUUCUUGGGCACCCGCAUUUCGAUGCGGCCGAUUUCUUCUCCCGUGUUUCGAUUGCUAGCGCGUCUACCCGUUCCGGGCACAGAGAUCGGCUGGCCAGUAAACAAGUCAUGCUGGAAAAGGUCCUCGAGGUGUGGCCUAUAUUCGACGACAACGGCGAAGCGGAGCUCUUGCUCGGCGUUCUUGGUGGAAAAUUUGGGGAAGUCCCUCCGUCUGCUCUCAACUCGAGCAGAGUAGACCAGACCGCUUGCAGGGGCAUGGCAGGGGGGUACCAUUUUCUUUCGCCAUCGUUUGAUCUUCCUCGAAGGAGGUCCGUGCAACAAGAUGAGGAAGGCGACGACCGGAUCGACUACGACCUCGCAGUGCUGAAGCCCGUCCGGAGUCCUUUCAAGAUCGCACUCCUGUGCCAUUCGCCGUCCCUUUGUCUGCGCUUUUUGGACUGUUGCGGCCUCGCGCUCUAUGACGAGUACGCCGCGAGACAGAGCCAUCAGGCCGGCAGCGACAUCGACGAGGUCGUGGGUGCAACUACUUGUAACAAAGAGCUUGACGAGCAGCAGGCCUGCACUAUUUCGUCUCAAAAUGCAGGGACAUCUCCCAAAGACUACAACUUUGACGCCAAGUUGCAUCUAGAAGAAGUUCCGGCCGGAUUGAAUACCGUCCCGGCCUCGGACUACAUGGAGAUCGCCAUCCUAAAGCAGACAGAGGAAGUAUGUCUGCGACUAGCGGACAAAAUCGAGGAGAGCAAGGAAGCCCUGGCGGAGCUGCGGAUGGAUCCAACGCUCAUAACGUUGGCACGCAGGCAGGGCUUUUCGAGCGUGGUCUCGCGGCUGCAGUGCCUGGGCCUAACCGAAGAAGCCGCGGAAGAGGACAGCGAGGCCGCGGGGGGUAGAGUCACGACGCCGGUGACGGGUUCAGGAGGCUUCUGUGCUGGUGGGCAACUCCGUGCGGGCGAGCAGGAUGCUGUCUGUGCGGACCCUCCUUGUCUUCCGCCUCCUACGCGCGCUCCCAUGGUCAUUGGGAAUGCUGCGUGGCUCGCGCAGGACGGCAGCGAGGGCCUCUGUGUGGAGAUCGGCAACAUGCUCAGCGGAGAAGCGUUCGUCGCUGAACUGGCAAAGGAGUUUGUUACAGCCCGCCCAAAUGCUGGUGGCAACCGUACAGCGGUUUUCUCGCUGAUUAACCUCAAGCGUGCAGUUUUUGCUAAAGUUGUGGACGGGAAGCGUUUGCACUUCAGCGAGCUCGACGUGAGUAUGCGGCGGCAGGUCCUUGCAGAGAGCCGCAAAAGGUAUCGCGAUGCGCCUGUGCCGGCUCCCAAAACAAUGGAUGUCGCAAGCGGCCCGGCCUCCUCUGGGUCUGACUACGAGGAAGGCAAAAACGCCGGGUCCGCAGGUGAUGGCAGCGGCGACAGCGACUCAGGCUCCCCUGACUCCUCUGACCGUCUUCCGCUCAUUAUCAAGGACCCGCCCUUUCUUCGUGGCGCCGGACGCUGUGUCACGCUUUUUUCCAGUCGGGAGGGCGAAGUCACUGACGACGGCGCAGUAGAGAUAGCGGACAGUUUUCGCCCGAGCAGUGCGGCCCGUGACAGCGAGGAGCCGCAGCUGGCUAGUGUGGCUUUGAGAAUGAUGUCAGAAGCACCGCGCCCGGCUUCGGGUUCGGACGAAAUUAUUUCUGACACGCCAAAGAGUUCGGAACAGAACACACUGCACUUUGCAUUGCGCAGCCGGUCUCUGCGGCAACUCCUGAUGAAUGAGACGCGCGCUGCUAGGUGGGGCGGGGGCGAGACUCCGGAGGAGGAUGGCAAGAGGGGGGAGACGCUGGGAACGUAUCUCCUGUAUCUCGGAAUGGGGUCCUGUCUGCGCCUUCGUGGAGAGAAUGCCGACCGCAUGUACUUCGAGCACGGCGGCUUCUGGGACCCAGUGA